ACCCGUGAUCCAUCUACUCCGCUUCUCUUUCUUAUCUGCUACAGCAAUUAUAUAUUUCUCCCGAGGCGAUUUUGGCUUUCUUUACUUACCUGCUUCCAAUUUUUCUUUUUCCCUGUCAAAAUCUUUUUUUCUUAAUUGCGAAAAAGAAAGAGCCGUGUGAACAAGAGAGGUGAAGAAAAGGAGGAAAAAGAGAGAUAAAUUGGAGACUAUGAGCAAGAAACCAUGAGUAAUAGGUAGCUGAAAUCUCCCAAAUUUGUUCAUCUCCUUGUGUGGUGUUAAUAGUCCUCGCAAUCCCUAGUUCUGACCUCACAUAAGCGCUCGUGAGCUCGCGCUGGUGGAUAAAAAAUUGCAGCUUUUAGAGGUUCAGUCCAAGCGCUUGCGCUGUCCGCCAUGGAGGUGAGGUCCGAGCAAGGACUGAUGGCGGGGAGGGAUCUAUUCGGCAUACCGAAGGGCCCGCCGGCGCCGGCGCCUGGGCCGCCGUCGUCCGCAGCGAUGCAGAGCGUGCGGAUGGCGUACACCACUGACGGCACCCCUGUGUUCGCCCCGGUGAGCUCCUCGGCCGCGCCGCCGGGCGCGGCCCACGGCGCUAGCAUGUCCGCGGCGGCGGUCGCUGGAGGCAAUGGCACGGCGGCGCCGCCGGGCAUGGGGGAACCAAUGGCCAAGAAGAAGCGUGGGCGGCCAAGGAAGUACGGGCCCGACGGGUCCAUGUCGCUAGCAUUGGUGCCUGCGUCGGUGGCUACAGGGUCGCCGGCGAUGGCACAGGGUUCUUCUGGGCCUUUCUCACCGGCGGGAUCGAAUCCGGCGAACCCUGUGCCGGCGCUGUCGCGGGACGGUGUGAAGAAGCGGGGCCGGCCUAAAGGGUCUACAAACAAGCCGCGCGAGGAUGCUAUUGGGUCACCUGGAGUUGGAUUUACACCUCAUGUUAUUAAAGUUCAAGCUGGGGAGGACGUGUCAGCAAAGAUUAUGUCAUUUUCUCAGCAUGGCACACGUGCAGUUUGCGUUCUUUCAGCAAAUGGUGCCAUAUCAAAUGUAACACUUCGCCAAACUGCUACUUCGGGUGGAACUGUAACAUACGAGGGUCGAUUUGAAAUUCUAUCUCUGUCUGGGUCAUUCCUUCUAACGGAGAACGGAGGCCAGCGUAGUCGGACUGGAGGGCUCAGUGUGUCACUGGCUGGUCCUGAUGGUCGUCUCUUGGGUGGUGGAGUUGCAGGACUUCUCAUAGCAGCUUCGCCAGUUCAGAUAGUAGUGGGAAGCUUCAAUGCUGAUAGAAAAAAAGAGCCAAAACAGCAUGCUCCUUCAGAGCCCGCAUCGGCACCACCGAAGGUCGCUGUGACCACCGGGAUGGGGCCGAACAGCCCCCCUUCAAGAGGUACAUUGAGCGAAUCAUCUGGUGGCGCGGGAAGCCCACCACCACUUCAUCAAGGCAUGGCUGCCAGCAACAAUAACCAACCGCAGAUCCUGUCUAGCAUGCCCUGGAAAUGAGCUCUGCAUCCUUCACCAAAUCCAGGCUCCACUAUACUGUCAGCAGACUGCCUCGCAAGAAGAAAGUAGCAAAUUUGCGCGUCAGCGUUCUUUUACUAGCUCUUAUGUAGUUUAAAUCUGAAGCUUAAGUAGGGAGAGGACUGUAGCUGGUAAGUUUGUAGCUCUAUUGUAGGCUUCAGCCUGAAUUCCUGUGCUAAGUAGCUGUUUAUUGUUAUCUCGAGAUGAUGUAUUGAGAUAUGACCAUGUGAUCCUAUGGAGUGUUAUCAAAUAUUGUUAGGCUUAUGUUCUA